GUAAAUGUCAAUCUGACCGAAGGCGAGAACCUUACUGAGUGGGCUUACUGCCCCAACCCUGCAGCCUGCCCGGGUGGGUUCCUGAAUGCCAGCGCUGCCCCGGGCCAGGCCAUCGAGGUAGUAAAUCCAAUGUGCUUGCCUGGCUACACUGGUCUGGGGAGAUAUGACUCGACAAUGCGAUGA